CCGGACGCGGCCCGCCGGCAGCUGGCGGGGCGGGGCUGGGCACAGCGCCCGCCGCCCGAACCCUCCUGCGGCCGCCGCCUUUGAGCGGGGCGGGACAAGGGGCCCCGAUUGCCCGGGAAGCAGAGCCGUCGGUGAGCGUCUCUUCUCCUUCGGCAGACGUCCCGUGUCCACAGGGGCGGCGAAGAGGGCCGGCGAUGGACCGCGAUGGGCCGGACGCCGCUGGGCAGGAGGCAGCGGUGGAGCGUGGCCGCUGCCGGAGCCGCCGGGCCGUGGCGCAGGAGCAGCUGGCGCAAAUAAAGGAGCACAAGGAUCAAGCAGAUCUGGCUAAGCUGGAAAAGAGAAGGGAAGGGGAACAAAUACAGAGAUCAAGCCAAUUGUAUCAAAUGGAAAUUCAGAGAGAUAAAGAAAAGGAACAGGAGAAAAAAAUUGAAUUCCAGAGACAGCAUCAUGAACACAUAGCUGAACAGAAAAUAUUUAAAGCUGAAGACAAACAAAAAGAAGACAAAGAUGAUGAUCGGAUUAAGGCUUAUAUUAAAGGAAAAGAAAUGAUGGCUGAUCUGACAAGAGAAAAAAAUUUGGAGACUAACAGGAUGAUAGAGAAGCAUAAAGACAAAGCUUUUGAACAAUUAACUGCACAGAUGAAUGAGAAAUUUAAGAUUGAAGAUGAUCGUCUUGCUAGAGGAGCUGCAGAGGUAGAAGUUGAGUACCAAAUGCAAAACAAAGAGAAAGAAAUGAAAAAAAAGGCUGUUCUUGAAUCUAUUGAAGAAAACAGAGUCACUGUGGUAAGAAAAGACACACAUGCAGGUUCUCAGCAGUUGCCUUUCAUUUAUCAUCUAGAGCUUUAG